GUGUAAUCAGUCUUGAUUCAAAGAAGACUCGCAAAAACCGGAGGAACAGAGCUUCAUCGAACCCACCAUGGGGGACACAAAGCUCUGCCUUUUGCUGCUUCUGUGCACCCAUGCCUUUGCCCAAGAGGACAUUGGGAGUGCAGAAGAAGAAGCUGCACCAUGCUUGUUGGCAAAAAGGUUUAAAACCUUCAGGAACUAUGUGUACCAGUAUGAAACCGAAGCCCUCAAUGGAGUGAGUGGAGCAUCAAACCUCAAGAACGGCGCCAAAGCCUCUUGUAAGGUCGAGAUCGAUGUGCCUCAGACAUGCAGCUACAUUGUGCGCACCCCCGAGUGCACACUGAGCGAGGUGUCCGACGUCGACGCCGAGGGGCUGCCUGUGUACGGACCUGCUGCUGGAGCUGAUGCUUUCCAAGCUGCCAUGGCACUUCAUCCACUGAAGUUGACUGUGGAGGGGGAAUCCAAGGUCAGCCUGUUUCCUGAUGAGGAUGAGCCCAUCAACAUCCUGAACAUCAAGAGGGGAAUCAUCUCUGCCCUCUUGGUGCCCGUGCUGGAGGAGGAGAAAAACAAAAACAUGCCUACUCUGCAUGGUUUGUGCAAGACUGACUUAGCUGUCAAUGCCAGGGAAGACAUUGCCACCGAUGUCACUGUCACAAGACACCUGUCCCAUUGUGAUGGUUUCAGUCCCAAGAAAGAUGUUGCCAGCCCCCUGGCACUCAUCUCUGGCCUGCACAUUCCUCUCUCCAAACUGAUCAGCAGCACCCAGACCUGCAACUACAAAUUUGACAAUGAACAGAAGCACAUGACUGAGGGAACCUGCACUGAGAAACACAUCUUGCUGCCUUUCUCUCACCAAGAGCAAUAUGGAGUUUUAACCCUGGUUAAACAGACCUUGGCCCUGCAGGAGACAAGCAAGAUCAAUGACAGAGUCUUUGACCACAAUGAGGCUAACCUGAAGGCCCUGCAAAUGGAGGCUGUUGAAGAUAAGUCCCCAGCUCAAACUAAGGAUGUUAUUCUGGCCACUCUGAGGGAACUAAGCACCCUGUCUCAGACACAGCAAGGGAAACGGCGGGCACAGCUCUUCCAGAAGCUUGUGACUGAGGUCCGAGGACUGAAGAGUGAGACCCUGAGCCCAGCUGUCCCAGAGAUGGUGGAGGUGUCUGCUCCCCUGACUUGGCAGGCUUUGGCCCAGUGUGGAACACCCGAAUGCAGCAGCGCCAUCCUGCAGAUCCUGCGCACCAUGGACAAAAGUGCUGUGGAGGUUGAUGCUGUCGUUUAUGCAGUGGGGCUGCUGCCCAACCCCACCAGCCACUUAGUCCAAGACAUGUUGAGCAUGGCGCAGUACAAACAGAGCAAGCCUAUUCUGUACGGCCUUAGCAACAUUGUUAGGAGAGUUCACCAGAUUGAGGGAAAGGUCACCCCUGAGAUCAUUGCAGUAUCUGAGUAUAUGGCCACCUUGCUGGGUGAUUGCUCUGGUGACAAAGAUCAGACCUUCUUGACCCUGAGGGUGAUUGGCAACAUGGGACAGGCUAUGGAGGCUGCUAACCCUGCUCUGAAGUCUGCCAUGCUGCAGUGCAUGACACAGCCUGCCGCCACGCCAACUGUCCAGCAAGCUGCCAUCCAGGCCUUCAGAAAGCUGACAGUCACUGAGGAGGCUCGUGGAGUGCUCCUGCAGACCGUCCUGGAUGGGGCAAGCCCUGUUCAAAAGCGUGUGGCUGCCUACCUGGUGCUGAUGAAGGACCCUGAGCCUUCUGACUUGGCCCAGGUCAUAAGCGCACUGCCAGAUGAGCAGGACCCUCAGGCCAAGAGCUUUUUUGCCUCCCAUCUGGCCAACAUUCUCAGUUCCACAGACCCUGCAUCUCUCCCGAUGAAGGAAAAGAUCACAGAGGCUCUUCAGGGAAAUGAGGUGCCAUCUGCUUUGGAAUUCAGCAAGUUCUCCCGAAACUACAAGAUGAGUGACAAUUUGAAAGGAAAUGUGAUCUUUGACUCCACUGGCUACCUGCCCAAAGAAAUCAUGCUUGAGACGACCCUGAAGGCUUUUGGUUAUGACCUUGACAUGUUGGAGGUUGGAUUGAAUGGAAAAGGAUUAGAACCAACGUUUGAGGCCUUAUUUGGACAAGAUGGAUUCUUCCCUGACACCUUGUCAAAGGCCGUUUACUGGGCUGGAGGCAACAUGCCAGCAUCCGUGAACACACUUUUAAAUAAAAUGAUUCCACCACUGAAUGGGAGAAUGAAGAGACAGGUGCCUGAAAAUAUCCUGAAAGAAAUAAGCCACAAUGUCAACAAACUGGUGGGGGAACUGAAGACUCAGUCUCCUGAUGCUCUGGUCUAUUUGAAACUCUUGGGAGCUGAGCUUGGAUUCAUCAAGACCAAUGAAAUGGAAGAAAUGGCCUACUCUGCUGCCCUGUUAGCCGAUAAUCUCCUCAAGAUGUUUCCCACUGAUAUCAGGAAGCUUAUUUCCAGCAUUGAUAAUGAGUUCUUUAUUCACUACAUCUUCAUGGACAAUGAGUUCUCCCUGCCAACUGCUUCUGGUGUCCCGCUGAAAGUCUCUCUUUCCGGUACCCUUGCCCCUGGAGCCAAAGGAGGACUGCACCUAACCCCUGGACUGCAGGAAAUAUCUUUCAUGCCUUCUGUUGGAGUGGAAUUUGUGACAGAGAUGGGCGUCCACAUUCCUGAGUUUGUCAUCUCUGGCGUUGCCAUGCACACUAACAUCUACCAUGAGAGUGCCCUCAAUGCCAAGCUUGCAUUGAGCAACAACCAGAUCAAGCUUACUAUCCCAGCUCCUCAGGGUACCACCCAGCUCUUGGAAAUCAGCAAUAAACUGCUGUCAGUGACCACCACUGGGUCCAGGGCCCUGCCACCAAUAACAGAGGAAAGAACUGACUUUGUGAAGUGCAUCCCAGCAUUACCUGGCAUUAAGUCCUGUAUCACCCUGAAAUACCCUGGCUCGACUGAUGCUGCUCCCUAUUUCCCCCUCACUGGAGACACUGAGGUUGCUGUGGAGCUCGAGCCCACUGGUCAAGUGGCUGAAUACACUGCCACCAUUGCCUACGAACACCUUCCAGAAAACGAGGAUGCCCUGAAGAUUGCACUCAUAGCAGAGGGUGCAGAGCCCAUGGAAGCUACAGCAAUUUUGAAGUACAACAGGAACACAAAUGUUCUCAGCACUGAUGUCCAGAUUCCUGAUUGUGACUUAGAGGUUGGAGUCAGACUUGGCAUCACUGAUGAUAGCACCAGUGGAAAGGGGAUCAUGAUUGACAUCACCCACAACAACAUCCCUCAGGUUUCCCUGAUUGGACGUGCUAAGCUUGAGGCAAUGAAGGAUGGUAUGCUGCAGGUCCAGCUGGCCAUACCCUCACUCAAGACCGAUGCUACUGUCACUGCUGCCCUGAAGAGGGCUGAAGACCUGACUCUGGAGAUCGAGAGCAUCAUCAACAUCCCUGAGACGUCCUCACUGCAGAAAGUCACUGUCAGAUAUGGUGAAAACAGCAUUGAGGUUGAGCUGAAGUCUGAUGUGAGCUCUGAAGUCCGCAAGCUUCUCCAAAAUGUAGAUGAAUACCAGAAGAUCAUCCAGGACAUUCUGGACAUGACAGUGACACAGACUGACAUGACAGUGCGCCAUAUUGUGUCUAAAUCUAUUGAGACAACCAACAUCUGGCUGGACAGUGCUUUUGCUGAUGCCCCUGCUUCCUUCAUUGAGAGUCUGAAACAAAUCCCAGAAUUAUACUUGCCUGAGAAACUGUUCCUGAAAUCUGAAGGCGCAGUCAAAUACCAGUUCAACGGCAAUCACAUCUCCGUCACUAUUCCUCUGCCUCUGGGUGGAAAAUCCUCAGAGGAUUUGAAUAUCCCCCACACCCUGGCCACCCCCCUCCUGGCUGUGCCCCUGAUUGGCCUGGUGAUCCCAUCCACAGAGGUCAGCAUCCCCACCAUCUCCAUACCCCCCACCUACGAGCUCUCAAUCCCACUGCUUGGAAUUGCUGAAGUAUCUGCCAAAGUGGACAGCAAUGUCUACAACUGGGAGGGCUUGGUUUCAGUUGAUGUUCCUGCUCGUAUUGCCAAAUUCAAAGCUGCGGGUGACUGUCCUGUGGACAUUCUGUCUUACACAGUUGAAGGCACUGGAGCACUCACCACAACACCUGAAGAAUCAUUGAAGGCCAAUGUCAACAGUUUCCUGAGCCACAAGCUUGUUGAUGUCACUGUUGCUCUUGAGGGAGUUGGAAGUAUCACUGACAAAGUAACCAUAGGAAUUACUAACAAGGUAGAAGCUUCAAGUCCUCUGGGUCUGCAGACAUCACUUGACUACACUGCUCAUUCUGUCCUUACUUCUGAAGAACUUUCUUGUGAUGGAAACCUGGAUGGAAUUAUCACAAUAGGUUCUCUGAAUGCCAAGGCUUCCAGCUCUCAGUCAUUGAUGAUUAACCCCUUCAGCAGAGAGAUAAAAGGAGAGUCAACAAUCAAGGUAGACUCACCCCUCCUCCAGACCCAAAGCACAAUAAAGGGUGCUUUUGCCAGUAGCAGUGGCCUAGAAGUGAACACUGAAGGCUCCCUCGUCUUUGGCAUAAAUCAAGGUUCCCAUAAAGCCUUCUUGACCAUUGGUAGUGAUAACGUGGCAACAAGUGGCACCACCACCCUACAGAGUGGUCCCUUGGCAUUUGAGAAUGUCUUCAAUGGAGGAAUCGAUGCCACUGGUACCACCCUCUCAAUUAUAUCCAAGGGUUCAAUGCUUGACAUGAAGAUUGAAAACACAAACACUCUGGCUCUUACUCUCUCAACCCUAGCCUUCCGAUCACAGAUGGAUGGCUUAGUCAGUGACGCUAACUCCUAUAAACAUGACAUCACUGUUGACAUUAAGCCUUACAUAGCUUCUGUGAAUGUGAACAAUGACCUCAAAAUCUUGGACAUCAGCUUGACCAAUGAAGGUGUACUCAAACUCCAACCUUACAAGAUUGACUUGACUGGAAGCCUGAAGGGAGCCUUUAGAGAUGAGGAGCUCAGACAUACCUAUGAAAUUAAUUAUGCUGACCUUGCCACAACAAUGAAGUGUAGCACAAAUGGCAAGAUACUCGGAGCUCAUCUGAUCCACAACACUGACAUUGAGGUUGCUGGACUCACUGCAAAAUUGAACAGCGAGGCCCGCUUCAACUCUCAGAUUCUCCGUAUCGACAAUACUGUCCGUGCCCUUGUUGUACCUUUUAGCAUUAAUGUCGACUCCAUUUUCAACUCUGAUGGUGAGGUGACCUUGUUUGGAAAGCAUACUGGUCAGCUAUAUAGCAAACUCCUCUUGAAGGCUGAGCCCCUGGCUGUAGCCUUUUCACAUGACUGCCGAGCUUCCACCACACACAACCUGGACAUUGAAGCCUCUGUUGAGACGCACUUUGACAACAAGAUUGACAGUCUUCUGACUCCUCAGGAGCAGAGGGGAACAUGGAGAAUGAAAUCCAAGCUGAACAAUCAUGAAUACAAACAGGAAAUUGACAUUUACAACCAACCUGAGAGGAUUGGAGUGGAGUUGUCAGGAGCAGUUCUCACAGACAUUUUAAGCAAUCCUCCCAGUGAGAUCGAAGAGUACAGUAUCUCCAGUUCCCUGAAGUAUGACAAGAACAGUGAAAACAAUAUCUUCAAUCUGUCAUUCAUUGAGACCUUGGCUUCCAUUUAUGGACAAAUUAAAACAUCCUUUGUUCAUGCUCUAGAAUCCUUGAAACCAUACAUCAACAGAGACGCAAUCCGAGCAAGGCUUGAAAGCCUGCCUCAGGAUGUCAGUGACUUUGUUAAAGAGCAGGACCUGGAGAGCAAGGUCAUUGCAGUAAAGGAAAAGAUUAUUGCCCUACUGCAUGAGUAUACUGUAACUGUGGAAGACUUGGAAGCUUAUCUGGAGCGCAUAAAGAAUGCCAUUGAAACCAUCCUGACAAAUGUAGCAGCCAGACUUAAAAGCAUAGUAGAAAGUGAAGUCUGGUCUGAUAACUUGACCGACAUUAUUAUGCGUAUUGGAAAUGCACUGAAGGCAAUUGAUGAGCAGUAUGAAAUCAGUGGAACUAUUCAUAGCAUCAUAACUACUGUUGAGGAUAUCAUUGGGCAGGUAGAUAUGGAGAAACUGAAGGACAGUAGCAUUGCUUGGUUGCAGGAAUAUGAAAUCAAAGCUAAGCUUCAGGAGAAAGUAAGCGAACUGAAAGGGGCGAUUGAAAGCUUUGACUUGGCAGCAUUCAUUCAAGACCUGAAAAACUUUGUCUCCUCCUUCAAUGUUGGAGGGUACAUUGAAAGUCUUGUUGCACAAAUACCAACAGAAAUUAUAAUCAAAACAAUUGAUGCCACCAAAGGCAUUAUCAUUAGCAGUCUUCAGGAACUUCAAAUCACAGACCAAAUAAAUGCUGUCUACACAAAAGUCAGAGACAUAAUUGUCAAUUAUGAAGUUAUUAAUAAAAUUGAACCACUCUUGGAAAAGGUUGUGGAACUGGUAAAGCAAUUCAAAAUUGAGAACACAAUUCAGGCUAUAGCUGAGACCGUAAAAUCCCUUGAUCUUCCAAUGUUGUCUGACAAAGCAAUGGAACUACUGGAUGGUGCAGUAGACCACUUGAAAAACUCUGACUUCAAGCAAAUUAUUGACCUGCUCAAUGAAUACAUUGACAUCAUUGUCAAGAAAUUGAAGUCAUUUGACUACAAUUCCUUUGUUGAUGAACUGAACCCAAAAAUCACUGAAAUCUCAAGUUUUGUGAACGAGCAGAUUCAAGCAUAUGAGAUUCUACAUAAAAUCGAAGCAGUUCAAGAAUUUAUCAGAUGGAUUCAGACCUCCCUGCUUGAAAUCCAGAGAUCACUUCCAGAGAUCACUAUUCCUGAAAUCAGCAUCCCUGACAUCACAAUUCCAAAACUCAGUCUGGAGAACUUUAACAUGGCAAAUCUUCAGAUCCCAGAGUUCACAUUUCCCACCAUUCCCAGUGAGAUCAUCGUCCCUGCUUUUGGCAAGCUACAUGGAGACAUCAGAUUAAAGUCACCCCACUACAGCGUCAGGACAUCUGCUGAGCUCCAGAACUCCACAACCAACCCCUUGACUCCACAAGUAACUGCUUACCUCUCAUCACAGGCAACAUCAACAGCGAAUAGUCUCAACUAUGUCCUGGAUGUCACUACACGUGUUGGCUUCCCAAAACUGAGCCGUGUUGUCAUUGCCGAGACAAUUAAAUUUACCCACACUGCUGCGUCAGUUGAGCAUCAGGGUUCAGUCACUAUCUAUGGUCUUUCAGCUCAGGCCUCAGCCAAGACUACUGCCAAAGCAACAACUGAAAUGUACACUGCAGAACUGGUCAACAAUGCAUUCUUUGCCUUGGAAAGUGGAUUUACUGUUUCCCUGGACACUACCUACAACCAUAAUUUGAACCUUCCACUUCUUGGCAUUUCAAGUGAAGCCACCUUGACCCAAAAAACAGGUAGUCGUUUGGAAGCUGGUACCGUGCAUUUGGCCCUUGGAAAUACAGGAAAUGUGAAGUACACCUUCAAGGAUUACGCGGAUGAUCUGACCCACAAGAGUGACCUGGAAUUCACUCUCAGUAUCGACUCUGCUAAGCUGACCUUUACAGGAAACACAGAUGGUAAUAGCCUGAAAAUGAAACAAACUCUGAAUGCCGAUGGCUUUUUAUUUAAGCACAUCUCUCUUAAUGGCCGUGCUGAGACAGAAGCUCCCUUCAUCAAGAGCAGCCUUGCAAUCGUGAGCGGGAAUGCUGACAUAGUGGACCUGAAAAUUGAACUGAAAGCUUCUCAUGAUACAGAGCUUGAUGGGGAAGUAAGUGGAACCAUUUCUAAUUCCAUCAACCUUCUAGCUACUCCCUCUGAGAUUAUUUUUGACUUCCAAAACAAGGGAAAUGCUAAGGCUACCCUCCCCUUUUCAGUGAGUGGAAAGAUUGAACUGCAGAAUGAUUAUGCCAUUAAUCUCAAUACAGAAGUGCAGCAGAUUAACUGGGUGGCUUUGUCUCGAUUCAAUGAGUACAAAUACUUCCACAAUCUCACCCUGGACAACAAUAAGAUGGAAACUGCCAUUUUUGCAACAGUGAAUGGUGGGGCUAAUCUGGACUUUUUAACAAUCCCAAUAGAUAUUCCUGAGUUCAGUGUGCCAUUUGUUGGUGUGCAAACCCCAUCACUCCAAGAAGUAUCUCUCUGGGAAAAUGCUGGUCUGAAGACCCUCUUGACCACCACAGAACAAACGAUUGACAUUAAUCUAAAGCUUCAGUAUGAGAAGAACCCAGACAUGAUUUAUAUUGGCAUUGGUACUCUCACAAUCCCAACCUUGGGCAACCUGAUAUUUGAUCUUGCACUGAAGUCCCCUGUGUUCUCUCUGAAUGCCAAUGCAGGCUUACAAAACCAGGAUGAUAUCAUAGCCCGAUUAGAAGCUUCCUCAACAUCUCUAUUUGACAUUUUAAAAGGUAAACUUGAUGGAACCACUACCAUAACUAGGAAGAAGAGGGGCAUCAAAAUUGCCACAGCUUUGUCCCUGGAGCACAAUAAUGUUCAGGGAACCAAUGAUAUCGCCAUCAAUCUUAAUAGGAGAGCUAUGGAGGCCUCUGUGGCAACAGUUGCUCAAGUUACUCUCCCCAUUCUGAACCUGGAAUUCAAUCAAGAACUCCUUGGAAGCACUAAGACAAAGGCUAAUGUGGACUCUAAGAUGAAGCUGAAGUACAGCUUUAACCUUCCACUGAUAGAUGCAAUUGGUAAGGGAGAUAUUGAACAGAGCCUGGCCCUGGAGGGUCUUCCUGGACAUAUCGCUUUAGAUACAUCUACUAAAGGAAAGAUUGAGGGAACCAUACUGGCAAGUGGCAAUUUUGCUGGAGCUCUGAACAAUGAGGCUAAUAUCCAUUUGGAUGCUAAUGGCCUGCGCUCUUCUGUGAGGACUGAUGCUAACUCCAAUGGCAAUUCUGGGGAGACUAACAUCUGGAGUAUGGAUUUAAAUGAGGACCUGGCCAUUGAAGCUGCUCUAAGCCGUGUGUAUGCCACAUUUAACUUGAUCUGCAACAAUGAAGCUAAUGUGCACUCAUUAAACACCAAGGGCAAGCAUGUUGCUAAAGCAACAUUUGAAUUAAUUCCUAUUGAAACUCUGACUGCCAAUAUUGAUAUUGAUAUGUCACAGCCAAGCAGCCUGGGAGAGGCUAGCAUUCUUGAGAACAUUGCCCUUGAAAUUACAGCAGGGAAACAGAAGCUCAGCCUGAAAGGCAAAGAACAACUUGUAUCUAUUCUGCACACAUACGACUUGCUGCUGUCCAAUGAUGUGCCCGAAAUUCGAAUGGAGGUCAGUGAAUCCAUUGAUGGACAUGCUGCUGUCCUGAAAGCUAUUAAGCUUCCCAUCUACCAGAAAACCCUGUGGGAUGUGCUGAAAUUUGACCAGGCCACCAGUGAAGAUGAUCUACAGUUUGUCAAGGCUGCCAUUGUUGCAGUGUGCACCAAGAACCAGGAUGGAUACAUACCUUCUGCUCUGUCUGCCACUGUGAAGGUCUCCUCUCCAAUUUACAGCACAACACUGACUGCAGGCCUGGAGAACAAUGCACCUGCUUACAUUGUUUCACUUAAGUCUGCUGGCACUUCUACAUUGGCUUUCCUGGCAUAUGAUCUUGAUGCCUCUGCAACUGCAAGCUUUGAGGGUCGUGCUCUGAGCCUGAAUAACAAGGCUACCUUCAGCCACAGUGACCUGAAAAUGGACUUAGAACAUGUCUUUUCCCGUAUUCUGAGGCUAAGAGAUGACUCUCCUGAUGGCAGCCGUCACACACUGAAUGUUGACAUUACCAGCCCAACACUGAGUGACAUGAGCUUCCGCUAUGUCUCUGGAAGGGACAGUAUCAGUGCUACCAUCUCUGCCCCAACCUCUGGAUUGCUUGGGCUGCAGUUAUCAGAUUUGUCUGCACGUCUGUAUGGCAGAUAUCCGUCUGAACCUGAGAAUGAUGUGGAUAUCCUGAAUAUCAAAGUGGCGCAGAACCUCCAAACUGCCUGGAACAAGGAAGCCACCACUGAAAUAUUCCUGGGACUGAAGGAGAGGUUGCCAGCCAUCACUGCCUCCCUGUACAACAUUGUGGACAAGUACCACAUUGCCCUCUUUGACAUGGACAUCAGCAGUGUCUUAAAUGAGCUUAAGAACAUCAUCUCUACCCUAUUAGAGGGAGUUCACCUCCCAGAAAUCAGUGAGUUUUCUACCCUCAUUAAGGACCUCCUCGCACAGGCCCAGAGAGCUAUCGCAUUUGUGGCAGACAAAGUUAUUCUGUUCUUGAGGGAGAUCCAGGUACCUGUGUUGGACGGAAAGCUCACUUUACCAGAGAUCACCCACAAUGUUGUGAGCCCUGUUGCUACAGUAAUUGAACAAGCUGUAGAGAAGAUCAAUGGCUAUCUGGAUCCCUACAUUGAUGCCAUCAUUACCAAGUUGACCAACAUACAGAUAACCAUGCCUGGUUCUGGUGAGACCUUUCCUGCAAGCCAAGUCUUGGAAAACCUCCAAUCCACCAUUAAGAAGACCCAGAUUACAAUUGUAGGUAUGGUGAGGCAUCUUGAGAGUCCUGAUGUUAUGGUGGAGAAGCUGAGUAACUUAGCCGAACACAUUCUCAAGAAGGCUGAAGAGUUAACUGUUCAUUUGAAGUCAGACCUUCUGGAUGCAGUUGCUGCCCAUGUAAAUACCAUGCUACACUGGGUCCAGACAACACUUGAGAAGGUCUAUGCCAACAUGACCCUGGAACAGCUGAAUGACUACCUGCAGUACUUGAUCGAAACAAUCAGAACCCCCUUGACAAAAAUCAUCAGCGCUUCAACCGAUGUUGUGGGACCAGCUGCUGAGGAUGUGCCGGCUCCUGUGGAUGUAGAAGCUCCUGAAGAAGCACCAGCUGCAGAGGAACUGCCAGUUGCAGAGGAAGUUCCUGAGGCCGAGGAAGUACCUGCAGCCGAGGAAGUGCCUGCUGCUGAGGAAGUACCUGCUGCUGAGGAAGUACCUGCUGCUGAGGAAGUGCCUGCUGCCGAGGAAGUGCCUGCUGCCGAGGAAGUGCCUGCUGCCGAGGAAGUGCCUGCUGCCGAGGAAGUGCCUGCUGCCGAGGAAGUGCCUGCUGCCGAGGAAGUGCCUGCUCCCGAGGAAGUGCCUGCUGCUGAGGAAGUGCCUGCUGCCGAGGAUGUGGCCGCAGCCGAGGAAGUGCCCGCUCCCGAGGAACUUGUUGGUUGAUAUGGGUGAAAUUUCCACAUCAGAUGAACACUGAGUCUCGCAAACACUACCACCUAAAUUGGAAUAUUUGCUCAAUGAAAUGUAUACUUGCCUGUAAACAAAAAAUGUACACAUGGUGAAAUCAUUCAACAUGUAUCUAAAGUGGUCAUGCUAACAUGCACAUUGUUUAUCCUCUUAUUUUGUAUGCGAGUAAUCAAUAGCUGGUGCACUAAUUCAGUUUGUCUUGUAUGAAAUUGAAAUUAUUUACUGAGAUCUCUUUAUAUCUAGAUACAGUUAACAAGGAAUAUCAACAAAGACCAUUUCUACUGCAUAAAGCACAAUGCAUCUUAUCCACCAUAAUAAUAACCACUGUGUGGCUAAAAACAGCUAAGAUUCAGUAGAAUUUAUGUUAUUGCCAGUGUAAUGGUCAUUGAAUUAGUGUGCCUUUUAUGAGUCUACGCAGAUCGUGCAUUAGUUUCCAUUACUUGACACUCCAUGUAUCAGGUUGCAAUUACAAUAUAAAAUGUUUCAGGCUUGCAGAAAUUUCCUGAGCGCUAGACUAGAGCUCUAGUGUUCUAAUGCUGUGAAGAAUGCAUUUCUGUCUACCAUUUGUUCAUUGCACUUGCCAGUUGAUCCUUUUGAUGAAAGUCUACAAUAAAUCCUGUGGCACAAGUGAA